GCCCAUUCUAGCCGAGCUUUGGAAUGGACUGGUGAAGCCAGUAUUGGAUUCUUUGGCAUUUUCGGUAGGAGAUAUUUCAGCUUUACAUCGUCAGCUGAUGAUACCAUUCAGUCCAACCCGGAUGUGCUUCCACGUAUCUGGUGGUGUGCCACUGGACCACUGGCAUUUCUCCCAAUACAUGCCGCAGGUAUAUGGGACGAUCAAUCCAUUGAUUCUCAUAGUAGUGACUACGUCAUAUCGUCAUAUACACCCACGCUAUCAUCUCUUCUGCAAUCAGCUGACCAUGACCGCGCCAUAGAAUCACAGUUCAAGCUACUAUCAGUGAUUCAGCCGUCAGCUCCCGGUGUUCCGUCUAUCCCAAAUACCAAAGAAGAGCUCAAAUACAUCAAAGCACAUCUCGGUGACCGGAAGCAUAUCGUCCUCGACGGCCAGGAGGGGACGAAGGAGCAAGUAAUGAAAGCGAUGAAGGACAGUAACUGGCUUCAUCUUGCUUGCCAUGGGUCGCAGAGACAGGACGAACCAACGAAAAGCGGCCUGAUCCUUGAAGACGGCCACUUGACCCUCGAAGAGAUAAUCAAGCUUGACCUUCCAAAUGCAGAAUUUGCAUUCUUGUCGGCAUGUCAAACGACGACCGGAGAAGAGACGCUCUCAGACGAAGCGGUGCAUAUCGCGGGAGGAAUGUUACUCGCUGGAUAUCGAGGGGUCGUGGCUACGAUGUGGUCCAUUCAGGACAAUCUAGCUCCAGAGGUAGCGAACGAGUUCUAUCGAUACAUCAUGACGAAUGGAGGUAGACCGGAUAACAAGAAGGCAGCGGAGGCACUACACUAUUCCAUACAACGACUCCGUAAGAAGGGAGGAAUUCCUCUGACAUCGUGGAUCCCAUUCGUACAUCUUGGAGUGUAG